AUGCUUUUAGCUUUCUUAAUCUGGCAUUCAAUUGUUCUUCCGAUUGAUACAGGAAGUAAAGCGUCAUUGAUAAAUCAUAAAAGUUUUGGUAUAUACAAUGCAUGGAUUCGCUUUCUACUAAAUAAACCAACAAAUGAAAACAAAUUACGCCAAAAACGAGAUGGUACUGCCAGCGCGGAUAUUGCAGCUGUGCAAGCCACAGUAAAUGAUCAGCGAAUAAUGAUUAAUGAUCAUCGAACGAUGAUUGACGACCAUCGAACAUUGAUAAACAAUUUUUUAAAUACUAUAAGUAAUGAAAAUAAUAUAAAACAAGCUGUUGCAGAACAUCACUCAAGCACACCUCCAAUAUGGAAUAGUUGGCGGGAUCUCGGUCUGCUUCUCAUACUUGUUCUCUUAAUUGUUUUAAUAUUUUAUCUUUGCAUAUGCUACGUGAAAUUGAAACCGUACGAUUAUCUGAUUUCAUGCAUCUUUCAUCGUUGUGCAAAGCAUAAAAAGAAUCAACUAAAAGAACACAAUCGCCAAGAGUCUUACUUGACAAUUGUACAAAAUAGAGAAAAUAUGCCUCAUACCAUGAAGCCAAUGAAUCAACCUACAUAUCCUACUUUACAAAUUACCACCAAUGAAGAUAUUUAUGCAGCGUGUCGUAAUAAUGGUCAUCUACCUACUUGA